AUGGUUGGUGACAGAUCUCGGGCUCGUACCUAUCUUCAUGUACGGGAGCGAAGAACAGAAGAGAAGGUUUCUCGCCCCUUUCCUCAAUUUACAGGGCGACUCGCAUCACUCGGCUUCUCGGUGCCUGGUGGAAUUGCCAAUUACAUCCAGGACGAAGGCUGUGUAGGGAUUCAGACCUUUUCUGAGAUCAAGGGAAACGAAAUCAUCAUUAGCGGUGGGAAGCUGUGGGCAUCCAAUAGUGGAGGUUGGGACUUCGGGGGGCCAUCUGUACUCUGUCUUCUCUGUCGAUUCAAAAAGAUUGGCCCUCCAAAGGACUCCCUCGGUUUUACUGUGAUUACAAAGAGGGAAUUCGAGGCCGACAUCAAAGGGGCGCUUUCGAACUGCAUUUACCGAGUCCGCUAUGCUCGUUGGUGCUGGUGCUGCUGGCUUGAUGGGAUCUUCUUUUGCCACACGCACAAACUUGUCACGGCGAAGAAACGCGGUGGGCCAUCUCCAACCAUCAAGUACCAGUCUAUUGGUGAUUUGUUGUUCAGCAUGAAGAUGCCUGAAGAAACCACUCGGUACCUCGCCUGGAAAGCAUGCCAUUACCUUGGUACCACUGGGGAAACGGAAAUGGCAUAUCAGGCCAAGGUUUAUGGUUCCGAAAACGCCAUCCAGAGUGUCCUGGAGGGAAUGCAGGCUCUGGGGGUGACUGCGUAUGACUGCACUCAACCAUACGGCUUGAUGAUGGAGGAUGCCCUCUGUUUGCCGCUACCUGAGGGAUCCAACGUUCGUGUCAGACGCCAUCAGAUUCAGAGAAUCUUCGUCCAGCCCGGCCAUGACCCCGAGUCUUUUAUAACUAGAACCCUUGAGUAGAAUUGGAUAGUGGCUAGUGUUUGCAAAACGGCGGAGUUCGUGUAACUAAU